AUGCUGAUAUUAUUUGUGAUAUUAGCCAGUACAUUUUUAAUAAAUUACGCCCAUGCUCAAACGUGCAAUGCAAAAACGUUGCGCAAAGUGGAUUUGAGUGUAGCCCGUAUUAUUACCAUCGGUAAUUCUGGCCGACAAUUCCCCGAACAAAAAGGGACCGAGUUGAAAAAGUAUUGCUCUGAAUAUUACCGUAUUUUCCCGUGCAUAAUCACCAAGACCAAACGCAUACCGGUUUGCACCGAACAACACGUGGACACAGCUAUGAAUUUUGUGCGCUCGAUGUUAGGCAACGCCAUUGACUUAUUAUGCAGUGAAUACAGUGAAGGAAGCGAUAAGUGCGAUACGUUGGGUCGACCACCCCGUAAAUUAAAACACCAACGUCGGACAAAAUCAUUUUUGAUACCCCUACUGGAUAUGUUUGAUUCCUUUCCUGAAGUGUAG